CCAGCCCACACAACCCCUAGUGCAGCACUGUCCCUCCUGCACCACUCUUGCGUGUUGUUGAGUGUUUACACCAGUACCAGUUCCUGUGUCACCAUAGUGUCAACACCAGGAACACUUGGUCCAUGUGUUAACACCCAGGUCUACAUAGUUCGUGGAGUGUCAACACCCAAGACCACAUGGGCCACGUUUUGUCAGAAAUACUGUAAACACAUUGUGUCAACAAUAUGUGGAUGACAUCCUCUGGGCUAACACUUAACAUGCUGCAGCGCGCCCCAACAUCCUGGCUGUAAUAUAACGUCCUCAGAGCUAACACUUAACAUGCUGCAGCGCGCCUCAACAUCCUGGCUGUAAUAUAACGUCCUCAGAGCCAACACUUAAAAUGCUGCAGCGAGCCUCAACAUCUUGGCUGUAAUAUAACGUCAUCAGAGCCAACACUUAACAUGCUGCAGCGCGCCUCAGCAUCCUGGCUACCACGUCCAUAACUGCCUUUACGCGUUACUUCAUUCUUGCACAUAUUGAUGUCCAGCAUUAUUGCACAUUUCUAAAAAGAUUAUUCAUGCACUUCUAGUUCUGAGCAUGUAUAGUCAAUAAGGUGAGGGUUUCUCAUUCUGAACAUGUAUAGUUAGUAUAGGGUUGCAGUGUAUCAUACUGAACAUGUAUAAUAUAGGGUGGGGGCAUGUCAUGCUGAGCAUGCAUAGUCAAUAUAGUGUGGACGUAUGUCAACAUUGUGAAGACGGUCGAGCCCUGAGAACAACGCAGAGGUAUUAAUUAAGAAACACAAUACAACAUUUUACAUUGUGAAGACUACUUAAUUUUGUAUAUAAAUCUGAUGCACAAUGUAAUAAAGGCAUCUCAUUCAAGAACUGAGUGAAGUAAUUUUGUUGUAUUAUGUAAAUAAUGUCCCCACUUGACGUAGUCCCUUAUCGUUGUACCUUGAUGUGCCACACUCUGGUUCACAACUGUAUUAAGUGCUUGCGGUGGUCUUGACAACUUGAAACAUGGAUGGCAAGAGAUGAAAGUCUGAAGUGAAUUGUGAGAUCAUUCAUAGAAAAGUGCCAUAUUAAGGCCUAUUGAUUAAAAUAAUUACAACUUUAGUGCACUACUUGUGCUUUAUGCAACAACCCCGAAUGUACAGUGUUGCCAGGCUCUGUACUCAGCAUAGUGACGUACAGUGUUGCCAGGCUCUGUACUCAGCAUAGUGACGUACAGUGUUGCCAGGCUCUGUACUCAGCAUAGUGACGUACAGUGUUGCCAGGCUCUGUACUCAGCAUAGUGACGUACAGUGUUGCCAGGCUCUGUACUCAGCAUAAUGAUGCACAGUGUCGCCAGGGCCUAUACAGGGCAUAAUGCAGGUUCACUGAGUCUAUAUUUCCUGUGAACAAUUUCAAAUAGUAACUAAACUGUGCUCAAUAUCGUAGAAGUAUUUCAUAUAGAUACUACAUUUGUGUCAUGUGGGAUUAUAUUUCCUAGCUUAAGGAUUUCACCAAGUAAAAUGUAAGUAGAUUAAGAGGAAUAUAUUAAAAUGUUAGUAGAGUGCUUGACAAAAUGUAUAAUAUAAGUAGACUAUUGGGAAGACUUCAUUUUGUAAAAUAAAAUUCAGAGAGAUAAUACAGUCAAACUAGAUUAACAGAACGAUAAAAUCUGUAAUAAAGUUGUUUCGUAGAGAUUGUUCCUAUUAUAAGUGAUAAUUAAAACAUAAGAGGCCUUGGCGUAGCAAACUUCCAUCAGUGACUGAUUAUUUUAUUUAUAAAAAUAUAUAAUAAAACUAUGUUGCUGAUGAAACUAACUGGAUGAAGAAUAACUAUUCCUCAUAAUUAAUAUACAUGAUGAAAUAUGAUAUACAACUAUUUGUGUUGAUAAUAUUUAUUUUUUGUCAUGGUCAACUAAUAGAAAAUAAGUGAGUUCUCACGAGAAACUCUCGGCAUUGUCUCUAAAAGAAAUUAAAUAGCAUCCAUGUUGAUAAAUCAUGGAAGAUGACAAAGAUGAGGAGUCAUAUCAGUGUUCGCAAUGUUUAAAAGAUUUUGACGAAAAGUCUUUUCUAAUACAACAUAUGAAAGUUCAUGUGAAAAAGAAAUCAUAUCAAUGCUCUGAAUGUUCAAAAGAAUUUUAUGAAAAAGCCCAUUUAAUACGACACAUGAAAGUUCAUACAGGAGAGAAACCAUAUCACUGUACAGAGUGUCUAAAAAAAUUUGCCUAUAAAUCAUCUGUAGUGAAACAUAUGAGAAUUCAUUCAGGAGAGAAACCGUAUCAUUGUACAAAGUGUCUAAAAGAUUUUUCCCAAAAAUCACACCUAAUACGACACAUGAGAGUUCAUAGACGAGAGAAACCAUAUCAGUGUUCAGUUUGUUCAAAAUGCUUUUAUGAUAAGUCACUUCUAAACUCACACAUGCGAGUGCAUACUGGAGAGAGACCUUAUCAGUGCUUAGAAUGUUCAAAAAAGUUUUCUGAUAAGUCAUACCUAAUACGACACUCAAGAGUUCAUUCAGGUGUUAAACCAUAUCAGUGUUCAACGUGCCUUAAAAAUUUUGCCCAAAAAUCUUACCUAAUACAACACAUAAGAAUUCAUUCUGGAGAAAAACCCUAUGAAUGUUUGGUGUGUCAUAAGAACUUUUCCCAAAAGUCGUAUUUAAUACAACACAUUAGAGUUCACACAGGAGAAAAACCAUAUAAAUGUUUAAUGUGUCUUAAGGACUUUUCCCAAAAAUCAAAUCUAAUGCAACACAGGAGAGUUCAUGCAGAAGAAAAACUAUAUCAGUGUUCAGUAUGUUCAAAAGAAUUUCCAAGAAAAUCACAUUUAAUAAAGCAUAUGACAGAUCAUUCGGAAUACAAACUAAAUCAGUGUUCAGUGUGUUUAAAAGACUUUUACGAUAAAUCUCAUCUGUUGCGACACCUUAAAGUUCACACAGGUGAAAAACCGUACCAAUGUUCAUAUUGUUCAAAAGAAUUUUCUGAAAAGUCAAAUUUAAUAAAACACUCGAGAGUUCAUUCAGGAGAGAAACCAUUUCAAUGUUCAACGUGCUCUAAAGAUUUUUCCCAAAAGUCACAUCUUGUGCAACACAUGAAAGUUCACACAGGAGAGAAACCAUAUCACUGUUCAGAGUGUACAAAACACUUUAAUAUAAAGUCCCAUCUCGUCAAGCAUAUGAAAGUUCACACAGGAGAAAAAAUAUAUCAAUGUUCUGAGUGCUCGAAAGACUUUCCUAAAAAAUCUGAUAUUAUAAAACAUAUGCGAAUUCACACAGGAGAAAAACCAUAUCAGUGUUCUGAGUGCCUAAAAGACUUUUCUCAAAAAUCACAUCUAGUACAACACAUUAGAAUUCACACAGGGGAGAAACCAUAUCACUGUUCAUUAUGUUCAAAAUGUUUUUCUGGGAAAUCUCAUUUAAUACUACACAUGAGAGUUCACACAGGAGAAAAACCAUACCAGUGCUUAGUGUGCCUUAAAGAAUUUUCCCAUAAAUCAACUUUAACAAAACACACGAGAAUUCAUACAGGAGAGAAGCCUUAUAAAUGUUCACAGUGUUCAAGAAACUUUUCUGUGACCUCACAUCUUAUACAACAUAUGAGAGUUCAUACUGGCGAAAAACCGUAUCAAUGUUUAAAGUGUUUAAAACACUUUUCCCAAAAAUCAACUCUAAUAAAACACAUGAGAGUACACACACAGUAAAGAGUUCAUAAUAAUACAUAUGAGUGUGCACACAGUAAAGAGUUCAUAAUAAAACACAUGAGUGUUUUUUAUUAUGAACUCUUUACUGUGCACACUCAUGUGAUUUAUUGUGAACUCUUUACUGUACUCACCAAUUAGGUGAAUACAGUAAAGAGUUCACAAUAAAUCACAUGAGUGUGCACAGUAAAGAGUUCAUAAUAAAACACAUGAGAGUGCACACAGUAAAGAGUUCAUAAUAAAACACAUCAAAUCAAAUCAAAUCAAAUGUUUAUUUAGGUAAGGUACAUACAUACAAGAGAUUUUACAAAGAGUGAUGGAUUUAUAGAUAGGGCUAGUACAUACAAUGCCUAAAGCAAAGCAUUUCGGG